GUGAGCACUCACACGCGCGCGCGAAAGCUCACGGCAGCCAGUGCCUUCUACAGACGUCGACGACACCGCCGCCGCUGGCAAAAAAAUAAAUUUUAAUUUAAAAAAAAUUCUCGUCCGGUGUCGUCUCGCAUUGUCGCCGUUACAAUACGAGUAUAAUAUCAUAACACAAUAUUAUAUAUUAUUAUACACGACUGCUUAGUACCACGGCGAUCCGGCAUUAACCGUGUAGAGUAAUAUUUGCACGUCGACUAAUGCCACGUACCUACGCAUAGGUACCACGGAGAGAAUUCUGCACCCGCGGCCAAAGAGGAACUCUGUAUAAGUAUACCCAUUUUUCGCGCAGCGCCAAGUCGUCUGAGAAACACAUACCUAAUUGUACCUACGUCACAGCCGAGUCGCCACUGCUGCACUCACAGAGCACUCAUAUCAUAAUUCGUAUAAUUCAAUAAUAUAUAUAUACACUAUACAAGCAGCCAGUCGUCGUCGCACGACUCGCACGUUUGCGUACAGUAGCGACCGCCGCCGUCGUCGAAUCAUCGUCAUCCCGAUCGCUUCACGUACAAAAUGGCCGAUGGAACAGGCGUUGGACUUACCGCAGGAGAUGACACAGUGGUCGGAGGCCCAAAGACACCACAGCAAAUCGCGGCGCAAAAGCGAUUGCAACAAACACAAGCACAAGUGGACGAGGUGGUGGAUAUCAUGAAGACAAACGUGAUGAAGGUAUUGGACAGGGAUCAAAAACUCUCCGAACUGGAUGAUAGAGCAGAUGCAUUACAACAAGGAGCAUCGCAAUUUGAACAACAGGCUGGAAAACUAAAGAGAAAGUUUUGGCUACAAAAUUUAAAGAUGAUGAUCAUAAUGGGAGUUAUUGGUCUCGUAAUAUUAGCCAUUAUAGUUGCUUGGUUUUCGGACGAAUAAAGCUAGGUAACAAACUUUGAUGCGAGCCACCACACACAGUGAUCAUCGUUACAAUCGUCAAAAACGUGACUCUUUAAAUAAUAAAAGAAACUGAAGGUGCAUUAAAAAUAAAAAUAAAAACCUAUAGGUAUAUAUAAAUAUUAUAUAUACAAUCUACAUAUAUAUAUAUACUAAAACUACAUAAAUAUCGCUUUGAAUAACUGCCCCUGCCAAUAAAAAAAAAAAAAAACUAUCGUAAUAGGUUCUCGUUUAAAAUGAUUUUUGUUAUACA